CACAUUUAUUGUUCACAACGUUCACAGAUCGCUAGAUGAACAAUCUAAAACGGAAAAGAGGUGAUUCUGACGAUAUCGACGAUGAAAAUCCUUCGUUUGGGAAGCAAAUUCUUCCAGUAGCCAAUCUUCCGAAUACUUUCGAUGGAAUACCCGGCGAUGGAAUGGAGUAUCUUUUCACUGUCCGACGAGAUGCUCGCCUUCUUCCCCACGUGGUUCGAGUAGCAAAUCCCUUUCAAGUAGAACAACCCUCACUACCUCCUCCUCGCAGUCUGGAGACUACCCAUCCUUCCCUUCCAUCCAACGAAUGGCGGUCUUUGUUUGAAAUCCGAUUUCGGAAUUUGAGAAAGAACAUCAUGCAAUUCACCAACUCUAGUGUUUCGAACAGCAAAAUACUUAUGCCCGAAUUAAAGGACAGAUCGGCAUGGUGGGAUUUUUUAGCAGGCAAGCCCGAAUCUGUCUGGAACCCUACAAAGAAACCGAAAGCUUUGAAACAGAAGAAAUUUGGACGAGGAAUGCGUGCUUUUCAUGACGAUGCUACCGCUUUAGAUUAUAACGGGGUGUCUACACAUGACGGUGAAGUUAUUUCUCAACCAGUGGGCAUGCAACCCGCCACGCCUGCUCAGCAUGAUGAUAAUAAAGCUAGGCUUGAAUCGCCGCUGCCGCCGUGCAAACCGAUAAUACCUACACCUCUGCUUCUAGGUCAGAUUGACGAUCGAACGGCCUUGCAUCUUUUGAUGUACUUUACAUAUUGGAUCAACCAACACCUCGUAGAAGAUCGUCAACCACCCUUUCCUCGACUUACACAAGCUCACUUCCAAUGGAUCUUUGCACUUUUGGCACGAGUCGGAGAACACAUAUCUGCUGACGAUAUGAAUCUGCUCCGAAAUCUUACUAGAGCAUGUAUCGCUCUGCUGAAGGUAACGAUCUGUGAGCGGACUUCUCAUAAGGCGCAUUCAGGAGACAAGAUGGUAAAGAAAGAACUGAAAGAUCAGGAAGAUAAUGGAGAGGAGCAUGAGGGGGGUUAUUCUGACGAACAAGCUUCUUGCUGGAUGAUUAUAUCAAUUGUAAUUGGAAUAUGGGGUCAGCGCGACCUGUGGAUGGAUGAGUUCCUAUGCGACGCCGUGUACAUAAGUGUCUGAACGGCGUGUUUACGCCGCAUGUUGCACUGGAUUUUGCUUGAGCGUCGCUUUACCUCGCCUUACUCGAAGUCUGGACUGAGAACAGACUGAGAAUGCCCGGUCUGUGCCCGUUGUUUUAA